UUCAAUUUUUCCAAAUUAUUCAGCUCAAGGUCAAAAAACACUGGCUUUACAGAGAAGACACCACUACUGAAGGUUUCCUCAGAGGAAAACGGGUUGCAGUGCAUGGCUCUUCAUAAUCCAGAUUUUACCACAGAUGACGAUUCAUGGGACAACAGUUCUGCAGAGUUUGAGCAAAGGUUUCAACUGGGAACUGAAAUGACAAGUUUGUCCAGAUCUGCUUCUUCUGAGAAAUAUGAAAUCUUGGACAGCCUUCAUGUCAAGUUCAAUUUAACAAAGAUGAGAUGCUGUCUAAAAUUCCUAAAAGUUUCAGGCCUUUUUAUCUUUGUAGUUGUCUGCUCUAUUUUAUUUGGCAUUUAUCCAGAUCAAGGUGUGUCCUGGCAGAUGUUGGCUGUAUCACCUCUGGAAAGUUUCUCUAUGAAUCUGACUGAUUUUCGUGAUUCUGCUCUGUUGAAGUUAGACAUAGGAGGACCAUUUGUAGUUGAUGUAGUUGAUCAGCAAACAGAGGAAUACAUUGUAGUACAAAUAAGCCAAACUGAAGAUGCUGGAUCAAGGAGGAGACACCAGCCACAGGUGGUAUACAACUGGUCUCUACCCUUAAGUUCAAGAAGAAAUCAGCAAAUCGUCACAACUAGAACCUUUCAGAUGCAAAACAGAGGCACUAUCUUCAUAAACAUUCAAGCUUUCCUACAGGAGCCUGGAAGUGUUCCUCUCUCCAUGAAGCAUCAAUACCUUCAUGCAAAUAUAGAGGCACAAGUAACAAUUGCGUCCAUCAUCUUAGUAGGUGUCUACGUGCUGAUCAUAUUGGAAAUUGUUCACAGGACCCUUGCAGCGAUGCUGGGCUCUUUGGCAGCUUUAGCUGCCUUAGCUACAGUUGGGGAGAGGCCAAGUAUGGCCAAAGUGGUGGAGUGGAUUGAUUAUGAGACACUGGCGCUGCUGUUUGGAAUGAUGGUUUUGGUGGCCAUAUUUUCAGAGACUGGAUUCUUUGACUACUGUGCAGUAAAGGCUUAUCGAUUCUCUAGAGGCAAGGUGUGGGCCAUGAUUACGCUUCUGUGCCUCAUUGCUGCAAUUCUUUCUGCAUUUUUGGACAAUGUUACCACUAUGCUGCUCUUUACUCCAGUAACCAUAAGACUCUGCGAAGUACUUAAUCUUGAUCCUAGGCAUGUCCUGAUUGCAGAAGUAAUCUUCACAAAUAUUGGGGGGGCUGCCACAGCUGUUGGGGAUCCUCCAAAUGUGAUUAUCGUUUCAAAGCAGGAGCUGAGGAAGAAGGGAUUGGAUUUUGCAGCCUUCACAGGGCAUAUGUUUGUUGGCAUCUGCCUUGUUGUUUUGGUCUCCUUCCCUUUUCUCAGACUUCUUUACUGGAACAAAAAACUUUACAAUAAGGAGCCGAGUGAAAUUGUUGGUAAGUGUGAGCAUGAAAAUAUUUUUAUUACCACUACACUGAAUAUGUGCUAA